CUCCAAGUAUGAAUAAGAUACGCUCGACACGUAGUUGGUAAUAAAUAAAGUGGCUAAUUAGAGGGCGAACUUGUGCACACACGUUGCUUGCUGCAUUCCCGAUACCUUAUCACUGACAUCUGUAAUCCUCUCAAUUAUGAUGGAUUACAACGGUGGUGCCAAACUACGUCAAUAAAAAUCAACGAGCCAAUAGGGGCUUACGACCAAUGCCGAUUGGCAGUUGAAGUAAGCCGGACAUAAAUUACAACCCGAACUAAGCCGUAACAAUUCUCGGGUGCGCUGUGGCGCAUGAUUGAUUAUGUUAAACUUUGUAGUCGUUGCACUCUUAUCGCCACUGUUGGCCUAUCUCUGCCUAGCCGACUCAUGGCGCUAUCCCACACCUGACCCAGAUGGCAACAUCGGACCGCCAGAGCACUGGGAGGGUGUGUGUGAUAGCGGUCGGAGGCAGUCUCCGAUUGAUCUGAGUUACAAAGCUGCUGUUAAAGGAAUAUACCCAGAGUUGAUGUUCCUCGGUUACGACCAAUUGCUGCAGAAUGCCUCGAUUGUGAACACUGGACAUACAGCUCAGAUAACACUGGGAGAUUCAAUGCCCGCCAUACUCGGAGGUGGCCUCCGUAACAAAUACAUCCUCGAACAGUUCCACUUCCACUGGAGUUCGGAACACACUAUCGAGGGUACCCGUUACGCCCUCGAGCUGCACCUAGUUCAUAGGCAUUCCAAGUACAGCUCGAUCGAGAAAGCUUCUACCGAAAAGGCCGGUAUAGCCGUACUAGCCGUCCUCUUCCACGUCCACGAACUACCAAACCCUGCGAUUAGGACUAUCCUCGCUGCAGCGGAACCGCUGCAUCGAAGCAUCGACAUCCUAACUCCGUUCCGUGAGCAGCUUCGCCUCGCCGAAUUACUUCCCACGGAUCCCCAGGUGUACUUCCGCUACGAGGGAUCCCUUACCACGCCGGUUUGCGCGGAGUCUGUCAUUUGGACGGUAUUUCCCGCCUCCCUGCCGAUCUCCCUCGAUCAACUGCAGGAAUUCCAAACCCUCCACGAUCUGGACGAUAAGCCAAUGCUGGCGAACUACCGAACCAUCCAAUCGCUAAAUGCCCGAGUGUUGGUUCUAGUCGACGAUACGGAUUGGACCUUGAACGGGACGGGACGCGUGCGAAAUCCCGCCGCUAUCGCACUCACUAUCGGCGCAGCUCUCGUCCUAUUGUGGGAUUCUUUUUUUAGAUCAUAGAUUGUGCGAUUGUGCUCUGCAUUCAAUGGUCUGAACCGAUAAUUAUAGGAUUGGAAUAUGAAAUUUUCAGCCUCAUUAUGAUAACCACCGAGACACUGAUGGGGAACAAACAGAGAUAAGCCGAGUAUUCCGACUUUGCAGGUCCCAUAAACAUCGGAUUGAUUGGUCUUGAUUGCUUUAUGGUCGUUCCAUGACCGGACAGUUGUUGGAAGACAUUGCAGGAAUUUUUUUCUCCGAAAGUAAAUAAGUAGACUGAUAGCAUAGAGAGGAAAGGUUGUUUUGAGAACCGUCGGUUUUGUUUGUAUCUUGUGUGUCGCGUCAUGCAUCUAACGGCGACAUUAUUCUUGAAUCUGCGACUUGAUUAUUUGGUUUGUCACUGAAUCUGACGUAUGUAUGAUUUUAGUACAUUUUGCCCCACGCCUGUCAAAUGGUGAUUCACGUCGUACUAAAAUGAUAUUAGACUGUACUUUUCCGGGAAGUAUUUUUUUUACUGCCGAUUCUCACUAAAAUGGAGAGACGCCUCAACGGCUGUCUAUCGCCAUCCGUGUAUCAUUAGGGGAACUAAGGGUAAGACGCACCCAGAUGAUAAAACGCGCCACAAUGAUAACUAUGGAAAACGGAGUACCAGAUAGGAUUUUCCUGUUAUAGUAGGUUCAUUUUUUAUUGUUAAUAUAAUUAAAUGUACUGUAGCGCAAAAACUCUCAUCUAAUUUCAUGAAAUUGUAAUAUAUAAAAAAAACUGCUUCAUUUCAUGCAACUUUUGCCGCUUCUGCCGUAAGGUUUUUCGAGCAUUUCAGCAUUAGCUUUAAUUGGCAAACUUCAUUACCUCCUCAAAAAUGAACAGGGCUUUUCAUUAAGCAUGAAUAAACGAAUGUUUAAAGUUCAAUUUCUCAAACAAACCAAAAUCGGACAAAUCGCCCCUCUACGGUGAAGGAAAACGAACUUACUGUCUUGCAUAC